AUGUCAGACCUCAAAGAACCAGGAUUCAAGACUAGCGAUGUACUUUCUGCCCUCGCAGCUGUCUUCGAGAAGAUGCCAGAUAAGGAGAAACAAACGCAGAUCAAGAAGACUAACGGUAUCUUCCAACUCAACGUGAAGAAUUCCGAGGGUAAAGAAGCUGUCUGGGUUAUCGAUCUGAAGAAAGAUGGUACCGUGACCAAAGGACCCGCCAAGAAGCCAGAUGUCUCAAUCUCACUUAGUGAUGACACAUUCAUCGGCUUGGCGGACGGAAAAGUCAACGCUCAAAAAGCGUUUAUGACUGGAAGUUUGAAAGUCAAGGGUAAUGUCAUGCUUGCUACCAAACUCGAUGGGGUUUUGAAGGGUGCAAAAGCCAAGCUCUAA